AGCUGGCCUCCUCUAGGGCCCCUCCUAUAAAUACAUCCAUAUUCUUCCCAUUUUUUUUGUGCUUUCUCCCUUCAUUCUUGUAUUAAAAAAGUGGCCAUAUCUUCAAGAAAAAAACUUCAAGAAUGAACAUAUCAGGCUCUGAAUGCACCUCUGGCUGCCAAUCUGGCUGGACAACCUAUUUUGACCAGUACUCAAAUUCUGCAUAUGAGUACAACAGAGUUGUUCAUGUCAAUGGUGAUGAUGAUAAUAGGGGAAAGUUGGAGGUUUAUAGUGAAGAUGAGGACUUGUCCAUGGUGUCUGAUGCAUCAUCGGGACCACCGCAAUAUCGGGAAGACUACUACGGGUGUUCUUAUAAUUCCCCUCCUCGGCGCUACAAACCUACGCAAACACGAAAAACCAAAGAGCAUUGGGGUGGUGAAACACAAAAUUGCUGUCUUGAUGAUACUGCCAGCUCAUUGAGCUUCCCUAAUCAGGAAAACACAAGUUUAUAUGAUGAUACAGCUUCCGCGGAAUAUGUUACUGAUGUCUCCGAAACACAACUGAAGGGUAAUAAUUCAGUUCUUAGAAAGCACUUUGGGUUCUUGAAAUCUUCUGUGGGUAGCAAAGCUGCUUCACUGAAAUCUGGUGCUACAAAGGCAAGAAAGAAGCAAUGAAAAAUGGUUUCCUUUGUCUGUCUAAACAGUCUACAGCUGCAGAUGAAAAGAGAGAGGAUUCAUUUUAUCCCAUUUUUUAAAAAAAUCAUCUUUUCUGGUUUUAAAUGACGAGAGAAAUUUUCUGUCGCUAUGGUGCUUAUUGAGUAAAAUAUUUUUUUUUUAUUUACUAUGGAGGAAGCGGUUGAUGUAAAUGAAAAAUGCACCACAAUUUUGUGGAUCAUGUUUUUACCCUCCCCACAUUCUCCAAAUGAUUCCACGAUUAUGAUGUAACUUUGGUGUCAAACACCCAAGAUAAUGAAAUUUAUAUUUGGAUGCUCCUGCCGUUUC